UAUGUUUGGUUGGUUCAAAAAGAAGAAGCCUGAAUCAAAUUCAGCUUAAUAAGAAGAAAAAGAUGAAAGUGAUUAUGUUGAUGUAUUUUUAUAUUAUGAAUUAUAUUAGGAUGAAACAUAAGUUGUUACAAAUGAAGAUAAAGAAUUAGAGGCUAAAGGCUUUGAUCCAAUAGCUUAAGUUCAAGAAUAAGAUAAAGAAAAUGAAGGAAUUGCUGAUCCUGAUAAAUUAGAAUAUGUUGGAUACCAUGAUAUUCCAGGUGAUGAUAUACUAUAAUUGGUGCUCAAUUUUAAAUAUUUUCCAAAUGAUGAAGACAUUCGUCAUCCAGAGGGAUAUGAAAAGGGAGGCAGAAUUUGUGCAGAUAAGAAAGUAGUAAGCAAAGCAAGAAGUGUAGGAAAGGAAAUGGUUAAAUAAAUUGGGAAAAAAAUAUUAUCAGGAUCUUUAAAUCUUACUAAAGUAAGUUUCCCUAUUAGAGUCAUGAUACCCAAGACUGCCUUAGAAACAUCUGUUCAUGGAAGUAAUAUUCAUUAUUUAUUAAUUAGCUUCUGUUUUCCCUUUGUAUAUAACAAAAGCCACAAUGACACCAGAUUUUUUAGAAAGAUUCAAACUUGUAAUCACAGCCACUUUAUCUUCAUUUUUUUGGACCAAUACCUUUUUAAAACCAGUAUUUUUACCUAUUUUAAUAAAAGCUUAAUCCAAUUCUAGGAGAAACUCUUCAAGCCAGUUAUAAUGAUGGAACUCAAGUUUAUUGUGAAUAAAUUAUGCAUCAUCCUCCUGUCAGUUAUUUCUUGGUCUAUGGUCCAAAUAAAAAAUAUAAAUAUUAUGGAUAUUAUCUUGUUGAAGGCAGAGCAGGAUUAAAUUCUGUUACCGUAUGUUUCUUAUCUGAUAUAGAUUAUUAAUAAAGGCAAAAGAUCAAUUGAAUUCAAUGAUGGAUAGAAAAUUGAUUUUGAUUUUCCCAACGAAUUAUAUAGUGGCACAUUUUUUGGUUAAUUAAGAUAAGAGUCCACAAACAAAAUUACAUUCACUGACAAAGCCAAUGGUCUUUCAUGUAUCAUAGAUAUAGGAAAAGUCAAAAAAAAGUAAAUCCUUUUUCAUAUAAAAGAACAUCUGAUUAUUUUUAAGCUGAUGUUAACUUUAAAGGUUAGAAAGUUUCCACAGUAUUUGGAACAUAUAUUGGUUUCAUCAAUUUUGAUAAUGUGAGAUAUUGGGAUUACAGAUAUGUUGUUCCUCAUAAAAUUAAAAUGGAUAAGUAACCAUUAGAAAGUGAUCACAAAAAUCGUUCAGAUCUGUAAGCUUUGAAAGCUGGUGAUAUUCCUUUAGCAUAAACAAAUAAAGAAAUAUUAGAAAAUCUACAAAGAAAUGAUAGGAAAUUAAGAGAAUCAUAUGAAAAGCAAAAGAAAUCAAAGAAGUGAACUU